UUAUAAAAAUGCGAGGACAGUAAUGCAAGAAAUCAGAUUACUAUCUGCACUUGCCGAUAAAACUCAAUCAAACUAUUUCAGUUUUCUUACCGGAAUACCAAAACCAAAUUCAGCAACAUGAAAUUCUUCUUGGCUAUCAUUGCAUCCUUGGCUUUGGUCAUGGGAGUUCAAUCCUUCGUAUUGCCCUAUGGCGUUCCCCAAGUAUCAUCUCCCUACUUCCCCUAUGCUGCUCAUGGUCUCGGUGUAUAUGGCCCUAGUGUUGCAGUCCACGCUCCCGUUGUUGUUCCAGGUGUCCAGGGAACCUAUGUUGCCAAGACACGCGGCGCUGUUCACACUGCUCCAUUGGAGGGACACCUGAACUCUGUGGCCAAUGUUAAUGUGGCUCCUGCACCCGGAACUCUGUAAAAUAUUUGUGGAAUGUAAUGCAAAUAGGUGGUAUUUUAAGAUUAUCAACGAAACGAUUUUAUAAUUAUAGAAUUUAAAUUAAUAAAAAAUUUGCAAAUCAAAAUAAAAUUUGGCUGUUUUUAGCGUAAG